CUGUUGUUUUGAGUAAACAGAAAUAUUAAUUUUCAAAGAAAAUACUGAAAAGAAAUUGAUUUGGUUAAUUAUAUUAAUUACUAAUCGUACGUUCCAUGUGUUUAAUGAAAGACACUUAUAAUAAAAGACAAGUUUCUACUAUAAUUUUAAUUAUGUCUGUAUGGGUAGCAAGGGGCGAAGACUUGAUAUAAUUUUUAUAACAAUGAAAUUUAAAUAAAAAUACUGUUGGAACGUUAUUUAAAGUACAUUGGAUGGAUCAUGACGAUCAGGAGGAUAAUGAGUCAUAUUAUUUAAUCAAAUUACAAACUCUUUGAGUUGGUGAUCGACUAGUUGACGUCAGGUAAUAAGUCAGUCGCGAAGAAAAACAUGAUAUGAAACUCUAUGAAGAAAAAUGUAUUCUCUUUGGAAAAACAGCAGUGAUGAAUGAUGUGGAAAUUUGAAAGAACACUUUGCUUAUACUUGGAAUAGUAUCAGUAACGAUUAUUACUAUUCUUCACUGUCGCUUUCUUUAGACUGUCAAAUCAUGACAGUAAUACCAUUUCUUAAAUAGUUCAGCAAUUAUUAUAAUAUUAGUACCAUUAAUUUGUGUUACAAUAAUUAUCCUUAUUCAGUGUUAUACAGACGGUUUUAUACUUGAAAAAUCAAAAUCUUAGCAUUUUAUGCCAUAAAUUUAUCUCCUACAUAAAUUCACGGAUAAUUAUUAUUCAGAAAAUCCUGAAUUAUAUAAAAAUGUAAUAGAAAUCAGACAAACACGUUCAGAGCCAACUGUUAUUUACACAAGCUGUGUGCAUGUCAUCGCCCACACGCUUCCUCGUAUCGUCGAUUGCAUAAUCGUUAUCGACGACAUAGCACAAUUGUAAAAACGAUCCUCAUUCUUUACCCGACUUACACAAUUCCAGUUUCGUACCGCGUUCUUUCUUUUUCAUUCUCUCGUUCUAAAGGCUUUUCUAUUCGUCGCGUUGACAUUUAUUGCUUUCUGCACAUCGCUCUGAUAUUAAACUACUGCAGGAUUUGAAACCGUGCGAAGUGGAUAUUCUCGUUGACCUCAAUACUUAAUUACUUGUCCAAAAUAAUUUUCUGUUCGCGUGUCACGAAAUCAAUAACGUUCGUCGAAUAGCAAAGUGUGUGUUCAUUUCUUAAUUAUCAGGAAAUGGUGGAUGUAACAACGGCUCCGCCAUCCACCGGCGGAGCGUCGUUAAUUGGACGCACCAGAGGUGCACUCAGGUCUGUGAGAUCGGCGCUGGGAGGAAGUGGAGAGUACCUCCAGGGUCUAGGUAGCAGGAUAGGCUCGGUACUGAGCAGCAGUUUGGAAGAAAGCGAAUUGACCACGACCUCCUCGACGCCGUCCUCCUCGCCACAAGCACCACCUCAGACUGCCAAGCCGGAAGAGGAGCAGCUGGCUAGGAGGAAAUUAAGACUUCCAAGGUUCGGUGCGGGAUUGUCGUAUGAAGAUUAUGAGGCCAUGGCUAGGCACAAAUUGGAACGGCAAGGAAGCGCAAAUAUGUCAAGAUGCACCAGGAAGUAUCCUCCGGGCAUGACCUAUGAGGAAAUAGCUUCGUCGAGGUCGGCCGGGAUCAGGAAGCAGGAACAGAAAGUGGAAGAGGACAACAGCCCCGACAGGGACAGCCAAGAGAGCAUAGAACCGCUUCAGGAGAGAGAUAUCAAAGCCACCGGGCCGGAUCCCUUUGAAAAAUUGAACUACAAAGGAGCGAGGGCCCCGACCCGAUAUCAGACGCUCGUUUUUCGUUUAGAUGUGCCUUGUAGCAGUGACUCUAUGAGCGAUCAGGACGGUUAUGGGCCUAGUACCAGUUUGGACUCUAAUGCGGAUGGCCGUCGAUUAUGGCAGAGAUCAGGUUCGUCUGGUUCUGUACAGUCGUGGGCUUCCAGUUUGUCGGCGGAUAGCCAAUCUGAGGAAGCCGCGGCGGAUUUUAUGAAAGCCUUCGUGCCUCUCUUGUUCGACGCUCCCAACAGCAUCGACCAAGAGCAGAAAGCUAAAUUUGGUGAAAUGGUCCUUACGGAAUCGGGUAGAAUAUGGUUCUCGCGGGUUGUGAAUGCCAGGAGGGCGCGACCAUGUGUAACGGAAGCUUCUUUUUACUCUUUGGCGCAACAUUUUGCUGUAGCGCUUUUCGAAUGUCACGAGGCCGAUGACUUCGCCCCCGCGAAGAGUCUCAUGAACAUGUGUUUCACUUUUUAUCACGAAGUUGAAGUACCGGGAUUGGAACCGUACAGGGAAUACUUGUACACGCAUUUAAGAGUGCAACCAAUUUGGACGUCUAUGAGAUUUUGGACAGCAGCCUUUUUCGACGCGGUGCAGUGCGAGAGAGCUUCCAGGCCGGUACCUCCGAGGCCUAAAUCAUUGGAUCAAGAAGCCAUCGCCAUGGAAGAUAGAAAAUUUCAGGCUAACAUCGUUUUUGGACAAUUAGGAACGUUCACAUGCAACAUGCACGCCUUUGGCCUCUCCCGUACUCUGUGCCUAGAAUUUCUUAGGAAACAAUGUGUAAUCGCGAACUUAACAAAAGAACAGGAAAAAAUGUUACGCGACAACAUAGAGAGAAUGUUCGACGAGACCGAACCUUGGCGGUAGUUGUGUUCUGGCUAUAUUAUUUAAACGUAAUGCCACUUUAGUGUCCGGAAAUUCUAUUAUAUUCAGUACACUCCCAUAAAAAAUUAUCGAGUAUGAACCAGUGUUCUGGACAUUUGAGUGGCAGUACCUUUUAACAAAAAUAAUGUCGUAUCUCGAAAGGUAUCAAUCUAACGAAUUGCGAACUUGUAAAAAAAAUCGUUGUGGGAUUGUCAAUUAAACUAUAAGAAGUGCAAUGAAGAGAGCGAGAGGAAAAUAAGUCAAUUUUAUAAAGAAACCAUGCUCCAGCUGAACAUGGUUGUGAUGCCAUCAGACGAAUUAAACUGAAUUAUACAAUCAAGAGCUAUAAAUCUGAAAUGCAGAUUGUUCCUAAUCAAUCAUGGAAUAAGGAAAACGAUUCCAUAAGUACAGUAUAUACGUGACUGGUGGAAUCGUGUUUGUGACUUAGUUAGGAUGAAAACUAUUAAAUUACAAAUUCCCUUGUUGAUUUUCAUUCUGUUCGAUGAAAGUGAAUAAACAAACGUGUGUCUUACAGACUUAGUUUUCAAUUUAAGGGACGAUAAGUGCCACUUCUCGUCAACUUUGCUUAUUAGUGUCUAACUUGAAUGAUGAACAGACAAUAAAUUGCGCGAAGAAUCGGUUUAUGCUAACAAUUAAUAAUACGUUUCUGUACGAAUAGCGUUGCUUUGAAUUUCUGCAAUUGUCUCUUUCACUAUUUAAAAAAAUUCGCGAACCUUCCGCCAAAUAUCUACCCUGUUUUCUAAAUUCAAUUAGACAUUGAUGAGUUACAAAAUACAGGAAUUAUAAUUCACGCAACGUGUGUAUUGAUAUAGACACUGUUCAAAAAUUUAAUACGUUUCGAUAAAAAGAUAAUAGCAGAUUUUCAAAUUAAAAAUCAUUCAUUAUUGGACUAAUUAUAAUUAUAUCUGAUUACGAAGCAGAUUCUCUAUUUAAAUUAAUAAGGUGUUCCGCAGAUAUUGUCAAGCUACGUUUCUUUUUGUAGAUCUUUACAAGUAGGAUGAGUUUUCAUUUUGUUUUACAUCUCGUGUAAAUGUUUGUAUUUAAAAGACAUCAUUAAAUACAAGCACCGCUCGACGAUUAUUUUGUAUACCUGCCCACAUUUCCAGUGACCAUUGUUAAGAAAGAACAUUUAAUAAAUUCCUUCACCGGAACAAUAAUUCUU